AACGGGGAGGCGAAGGACCGGUGCUGGGCCGGCUGUCUCGGGAGGGCGGCACCGGGGAGCAUCCCGCGGGGACCGGGGCCGCGCCGCCCCGCUGCUGCAGCGUCUGCGCGCUCCCACCGCCGGCGCGGCCCCCUCCUGGCUCCGGCGGCGGGUGCUUGUGCGGGGCGGGUACAGGGCGGCCGAGCCCGCCGCCCCCGGAGCGGCCCGGCCCAGCCCGCCGCGCCUGAGCUCCGCCCCGGGCCGGGCUCCUCGCCGUGGGGCUGGGGAGCCGCGCCGAGCCUGGCCAGCGCCGGGCGAGCAGCGAGUGGGGGCGCGCCCCGGGACACCGACCAGCAGGUGAAGGAGGCCCUCAGACUGGCACCAUGACAGAGUGCUUUGACUGCGACAACUGCAAGGAGUCCUUGUAUGGGCGCAAGUACAUCCAGAUGGACAAUGGCCCGUACUGCAUCCCCUGCUACGAUGCCCACUUUGCCAACACCUGUGAUGAGUGCAAAGAGCUGAUCAGCCACGACUGCAGAGAGCUGUACUACGAGGAUCGCCAUUACCACGAGCACUGCUUUCGUUGCUUCCGCUGUGACCGUUCUCUGGCCGACGAGCCGUUCACCUGCCAAGGCGAGGAGCUGCUGUGCAAUGACUGCUACUGCAGCGAGUUCUCCUCCAAAUGCAUUGCCUGUGAGAAGACAGUCAUGCCAGGAUCCCGUAAGCUGGAGUACAACGGACAAACCUGGCAUGAGCAUUGCUUCAUAUGCAGCAGCUGCCAGCAGCCCAUCGGGUCACGAUCCUUCAUCCCAGACAAGAAGGAUUAUUACUGUGUCCCCUGUUAUGAGAGCAAGUUCGCUCCUCGCUGCACUCGUUGCAAAAAGACCCUGACCAAGGGAGGAGUGACUUACCGGGAUGAGCCAUGGCACAAGGAGUGUUUCGUCUGCACAGGCUGCAAGACGCCCCUGGCUGGCCAGCAGUUCACCUCCCAGGAUGACAACCCAUACUGUAUCAAGUGCUUUGGGAACCUCUAUGCCAAGAAGUGCAGCGCCUGCACAAAGCCCAUCACAGGCUUUGGCGGUGGUAAAUACGUCUCCUUUGAGGACCGUCACUGGCACCAUAAUUGCUUUAACUGUGCCCGCUGCAACACCUCGCUGGUCGGGAAAGGCUUCAUCCCUGACAACGAUGAGAUCCUGUGCCGCGACUGCAGCAGCGACCUAUGAGCCUCUAAGGACACCGUGGGGCAGGGGCUUUCUCUAUUCUUCAGGGUCUUUGUGCCAGACACCCCAACAACAUCUCAGGGCAGGGCACGAGGCACAGGAGAUGGGGGCUGACCCCAAACCACGGUGUGUGCAGGGGAUUCCUGUGCCCCUCCCUGAAGGCUAGAGUACGCUAUGCUAUGGCUCUGUGCAGAGUCAAAGCUAAAUAAAGUUGAAAAAGGAGCUUCAAGACCCCCCAUAAUUUACUCUUUCCUUUUGCUUCCUGCCUGACCAGGCAUGAGCUAAGCCCAGGGCCCCAGCCAAGCAAAGGGCAGUCGCAGCAGCUUCAGCAUUGGGCUGCUGGACCUGCACGCUGGCAGCAUGUAUUUGCUCCCCCUGGCACAGUGCUGACUUUUCUUUUUUGCCCAUGUGCUUCCCUUGCUCUGUGUGAUACAAGGCAGCAGCAGCUCCUGGUGCGUGCAGCUUGGCCGUGCUGGCCUGUGUAGCGGCUGGCUUUGCAGCACAGCCUUUCCGUACGUGCGGCUGGUCUGUGGUGACCUGGGCAUGAAGGGCUCUCUGCCCCUUUUGGGGACACCAGGCUGGAGUGUGGCCAAGAAGAGCGUAUGUCCUGCCUGAUGGGAUCCACCUCUGGAUUUCUGUAGCCACGUCACUGUUUGUGGGCCAGACCCUUUGCUCUGCACAUCUCCGUAGAGGUGCUCUCACUCAGAUGUGGAUGAGGAGCUCAAAUCACUCGCAGGUACGGGGCGUUCUGUCCCCAUGCUCCCCAACUCCCUGGCCCGUUCUUGUCCAUCUGUGCUCCCAUCUCCCACAGCUGCCCCUGUGUGUCUGAGCUGGAGCCCGGUGGCUGUCGGCCCACUGGUGGUCCCCCCUGUGAUGUGCCUGGCUGAGGCCCAGAGAAGGGUGUGCUGAAGGCUGAGAGCACCGAGGGCUUUGUUCCUGCUCCGUCCCUCCCACGGGGAGCCGUGGGACAGGAGCUGCCUUCCCGAGGCGGUCGGAAGACCCUCCAUUAGUUCGGGGAGUGCUGCCCACAGGAAGGGAGGGUCUGCGGGAGCACAGGAGGUCAGCCGAGGGGGACGUUCAGGGUGUCCACAACUUGCUCCUGCCAAGGCCGUCCCCUGCCACUGCGGUGGGCAGGGGGUGGCGGCUCCCCCCAGCCACGCUCCUGCCUCGCUGUGUCCCAGCAAAGCAGAGGUGGCACCUGGGCUGCCCUGAGGAGGGGCUUUGCAUCUCCCAAGUCCCUGUGCGGGCAAAAUAGAACGUCUUGAGCCACCCCAGACUCACGCGAGGGCUGGAGCCGUCCUUGCCCGGGGGCUGAGCCAGCCCUGGGCCCUGCCCGGGCCCCCCCUGCCCUGGCUCUACAUGCCUUUCGCUCACCUUGCUGGGGCACUUCUGCUGACCCUGCUUUCCUGCUUAGAUGGCCACGUGCUUUUCUGAAAGCAUCUUCUUGUGUGUUUUUGGUUUUUUUUUUCCUUUUGUACUCUUUUGUCAUGAUAUCUGUCAUUUUGUAACCAACCGCAGGAUGAAGGGGCUAGCCCCCCCCGCCCCCCCCCCCCCCAGCUUUACUUAGGAACAGAAAAUGUUAUGCAUGUUGAAGUGUUUUUAACUCUGUAUUCAGAUCCUUGUUGAACCGUUGUUUGAAAGCUUUGAUGCAGGAAAAUCAGAGUUUGUGUGUUUGCUAUUCUGAGGAGCUUGGAGCAGUCUCUAGAAGGAAGUGUCCUAAACCUCAGCCUCCUGUGUAUUUCCUACGGCUUUAUAUAAUAAACCGUUUUAGUGAUG